AUGGGAAAGGAAUGGUGUGAGAGAGAGGGGCGUGCGCGCUUUUUCUAUUUGUCCAGUACCUCGUCACCAAACACCGUUGAGGACCGUAUUAUUACUAUGAAGAGAGAAAGAAAUGAAAAGAAAUUGAGAGUGACCCCCCUACAUAUGGUCACUGGAUAUUUGAGAGAAGAAGCAACAGAUGGAAUUAGAGGGGAGAGACUUUUUAAGGAUGAUGAAGGAGGAAACGGAAAAAAAUUAGAAGAUGAUGGAUGGAUGAUAGGGCAUAUAAAAAUGUGA